AUGAUUAUUGACAACUCCGCCAGAAAGAUUCGGAAAUUGAUUCCAUGUCUUGAGCCUGACCAUACCUUUUACAAGAUGUCCGAAGCACUCCUGGAAGAGUUUGAAGUGUUAGAGUCGAUCUACCCCACAGAGCUUCAAAAAAUUUCUCAGAACGAGAUCGAAAUAGAUGCCGAGGCAGAUGAUAUACCAGAUUUUGCGGAGAAUAUCCAGGUCACACUAUGCGUCCACUAUCAGGACGCAUACCCCGAUGAACUACCCGGUCUCUCACUUAAAUGGGACAAUCCCACAUUUACGGAAAAGGAUAACAAGAACCUCCUGCAGGAGCUACGGAAGGUGGGAGAAGAAAAUAUCGGAAUGGCCAUGACAUUCACGCUCGUCUCGCAUCUCCGAGAGCAACUUUCACUGCUAGUACGGGCAAAGAUUGAAGAGGAGAGACGGAUCGAGGCAGAGAAGGAGCGAGUAGCCCUGGAGGAAGAGGAAAAACGUACACGAGGUACACCUGUGACGGCACAAUCUUUCAAGGCCUGGAAAGCCAAAUUUGACAAGGAAAUCGCGCUCAAGAAAGCGCAAGAAGAGGAAGAAAGGCUCAAAGCCUUUACUCCCAAAGAGCGGGAAGAGUGGAGGAAAGCAAGCACACGGCUGUCAGGCAGACAACUUUUCGAAAAGAACAAAAAUCUGGAAGACGAAAAUCUUGUGGAAGAAGGUUCAGUUUCUGUCGACUUUAGCCAAUACGAACGGACAAGGCAGGAAGAACAGCAAGAAGAAAUCCUUACGUUCAGCGACAGCGACUGA